AUGAGCGCAACUCCGAGACAGCGGACUGGUGGUUUCCCACAAACACCAGCGACCGCAGCACCAGGCAGAUCUCGACGACAUGAUCCCGACCCAAACUCGUCGGUCUCUUCACAACAGUCCAUGCGCACGUCGUCUCUUCCAUUAGCUCCUGAAAAUUCCACCCGAGGUGUCCCCCCGACGGAACCAGUCAUUCCAUUGACAAUUCUCGAUGCUCCACAACAACGCUUCUACGCAUGUGCAAUAUACAUUGGUCUGUUGGCAUGGAGGUUCUACGAUUGGAUCAAACUAGUUGAGGACAACGAUACCUCGGCUUGGCUCUUCCUGAAAUGGGUCUUCAUUGAUUUUGGAUUCCUCUUUGGGCUGCCCGAGAUGAGAAUACCCUGGUUGGAGCUUUCACAACCUGUGGUCAUGGCCAUUUUUCUCUUCCAUGCCUUCUUCAACUUCAUGCUCAUGUUCAACAUUCCUCUUCCACUGCAGCCAUGGCUAGUAGGCUUCAUGAAGGUAUUUUAUGAUCGGGAGGUAGCAGUUUCGGAGCAUACCGUCAAGGUCUCGAGUAUUCUGCAUAAUCACUCUCUGAUUAUGGGAAGACAGAUCAUUAAUAUCUUACCUGAAGGAUCUGCAGUGCUCAAUUUCGAGCAAACUCCUUUCUGCAUUGGCGAGAAUCGUGACACGAUCCGGUUACCCAUUCAGUUUAAUGCAACCGUUCCUGCCGAAAUGGAACUAAUUCGCAUAGAUCUCGAUACUAACCAAGAGGAGAUAAUCAAGCUGUCCAGUCGAGAGGUUCGGAAGAUUGCGAAGCAGAUUAAGGACCAAAUGGUGGAUUCCAAGCCUGUCGCUCAUGCCAUUGAAUACCCGGUCAAGAAAACCGGCGUCUACCGCCUCGGCAAGGUUUUGGAUGAGUAUAAACUUGAGGUUCAGCGUACCACCAAAGAUACCUACGUUGUGCCAUGCCCGAAGGCAAGCUUUCGGACCCCCGAAAACGCUGGCCGAUGUAUUCGGGAUUUGUCUGAUCUGUUCAUCGAUGUCGUUGGAACACCGCCAUUGAAGAUUCAAUACAGUCGAAAGAUCAAUGGCAAUGAUCGCAGCUUUCACUUUCAAAGCUUGCAGCCGGAAGAUUACAACUCACCUUUGCUUGGUUCGCCUUCCUCGCAAUUAACUCUUGCCAAUGACGAUGACACAACUUGGGUGAAACCCCAAGCAGUGGCAGUGCGACUCAACGAAACAUUGGAUUCGGCAGGAGAAUGGCAAUAUGCUGUUGACGAGGUCCAAGAUGGAUUCGGCAAUGUCCAGAAGUACUCCCAAUCUUCUGAGGAGACAGAUUUACGACCGCGACCUAAGCACCUAGUUCGUACCUUUUUGGUCAAACAGCGACCAAGGGCUCAGAUGCGAGGCUGCGACCUAAGAAACCCAAUCAAGGUGGCGAAGAACAACGCGGCAAAGCUGCCAGUUAGCUUCUCGAUACCGGAGAGAGCCCCCGAAGAUACCUCGCACACUCUGACGUGGGAAUUCUCACCUAUUGACAGCCUGACAAACGGUGGCGAUCAUGGCGAUAAGGUCUCUGUAGGCUCCUAUUCUGCCAAGAACUCUCACGACAAACCAUCUGUUAGGGAGCCGGGCCUUUAUACGCUGAAAACUAUUACCAGUGGGUCAUGCGAAGGAGAGGUUCAAGAGCCAUCUUCUUGUCUCCUUCUGAAUCCUCUGGAACCCCAGCUGUCGCUUCGCGCAGAGGAAAUACCCGACAAAUGUGCCGGCAACUCAGUUGGACUUCGGGUGGACCUAGAUCUUAUCGGGACUCCACCAUUCAAGGUCCGAUACGAUGUUGUCGACCAAAACGGCAUGGUCAGAAGAGAACGAGUUGAUGUUGAUGGUCUGAGACAGCAAAUUGAGCUUCGUCCCACGGCAGCUGGUCAUCACAAGUACAUUUUCAAGCAAAUUGAUGACAGUAUCUACAAGGAACAGCCCCUAAGUGGACCUAGUAUGGUGCUGGAAACAGAUGUCAAGCCCGCUGCUUCUGCAGUUAUUCAACAUCCUACGGGAUCCAUGAGUGCCUGCCUUGAGGAGCAAGUGGAGGUUGAUGUUUCGCUUCGGGGCGAUGCUCCCUUCUCGCUGGAAUGGGAGAUAGUCCACGACGGCAAGCGCAAAUCGGAACGCGUCACGGGUAUCGAGGAUUCUAAUUUCAAGAUCAAGACGAAACCCCUUGCCAAAGGUGGCGAGUACACUCUCGCGCUCAAUAGCGUUCAAGACAAGUCUGGCUGCCGGACAUUCCUGAAGGAUGAGCUUAAGAUCUCUGUUAGACGGCAACGACCUCGGGCGGCCUUCGGACUGGUUGAGAAUAAGCGGAGUAUCAUGUCAGUCGAGAACACCAAGGUUGAUUUGCCACUACGUCUUCAGGGUGUUGGGCCAUGGACGGUAUCAUACCGCAACAUCGAUAGAAGCGAUGUCAUUCUUGAGAAAAGAGCGACCAGUGGUAACGAUGUCCUUUCCGUCAAGGCCCGUGGUGUCUACGAAAUCAUCGAUGUAUCAGAUAAGCAGUGUCCUGGAACCGUGGAUCCCCAGGCAUCACGAUUUGAGAUCGACUGGUAUCCACGCCCAGAAAUCACCCUGGUGCAAAGCGAUAGUAUAACCUCGGAGGCCGCUGUCUACGUAAAGCGUGACGUUUGCGAAGGCGACAUUGAUUCAUUUGAGGUCAAUCUUAAGGGUUCCGCCCCUUACCACGUUGAGUACGAUCUUCAAUACAAGUCGUUCCAGGGUUCAGGUUCUGGUUCUUCUGCCUCGAAUACUCGAAAAGAAUUCGACACAGCUCUUAACAAGGCGCCUAUACGUAUGGAUACUUCCAAGCCUGGAGACUAUACAUACAAAUUCUCUGCGCUGGCAGAUAAUCUCUACAACAGCGAUAGAAAUUCCCAUCCAUUGACCCUGAACCAAAGGGUCAAUGCCAAACCAUCUGCUGUCUUUGUCAAACCCGGUCAGUCAUUCAAGUACUGCAAGACGGAACAAGACAGCGAGGACAUCAUUCCGAUUACACUCAGUGGCGUUGCCCCAUUCUACGUUGAAAUUGAGAUAAAGCACCACAGCGGCACAGUUCCCGAAACCUACAGGAUUUCAUCUGUCCAAUCUAACUCGUAUGGUAUUCAUAUCCCCAGGCAGCAUUUGCGGCUUGGUGUUCAACACGUCCGCAUUCGCGAAGUUAGGGACGCUCGAGGAUGCCAAAACAAAUACGAGACCAAUGCGCCUUCUGUACAAGUGCAUCUUUACGAUGCCCCGGCGAUAUAUCCCCUAGAAAGUCGAGGAGACUACUGUGUCGGCGAACGCAUCGCCUACACGCUUUCUGGAACUCCCCCCUUUGAAAUCUGGUACGAUUUCCAGGGUCACCAGCGCAAAGCCAAGUCUGGCACAACCAACUUCCGCCGUAUUGCUGAAUCUCCUGGUGACUUUAUUAUCACUUCCAUCUCCGACAAGGCAUCCGAAUGUCGCGCUUCUGUCGACAUCACCAAGAAAAUCCACCCCCUACCAGCUGUCAAGAUUAGUAGAGGCCGGCAGACUCGCGUAGAUAUUCACGAGGGCAAUGAGGUUGAGAUUUUAUUCGAGUUCUGGGGCACACCGCCGUUUGAGUUUACAUAUACACGAAGUUCCAACGCCAAGAAAGGUCAGAAGAGUGUAGUGCUCGAAACUCGACACGAUGUCUCGUACGAGAGUAGUAAGAUCAUCCGCGCAAGUCAGGAAGGCACGUAUGAGGUGGUUGCUAUCAAAGACAAGUUCUGCGCCUUUUCCACGCAGCAGGUUGCGGACAGCGGCAAGGACCAGAAGAUGUUGCAGUAUUAG